GGAACGAAAGGCAGACGUUCCUCGGUUGCUAGGCCGGACGUAGACCCAGUCUGUCCGUCCUUUCAAGUUUCCCCCAGGGCUGGGAUCCAGGCGUGCGGCAAGUUCAAGCUUUCCGGCACCGUAGUGGUCGUUGGUGGCCCAAGGUAGAGGCCAACUGAGCAAUCUUCGUGCCUCAGAUUUGUUGACCUACAGAAUGCUUCGAUACCCAUGCUUUUAUAGAACCUAUGCAGAAUUUCUUUCAUGCUGGCUGGAAGCUGGCAUAUUUAACUUAGGUGUCUGGCCAAAAAAGAUACAUGCUACAGCAGAAAGAUGUGAGGAGUAUGAAGCCCUGGAUCAAACAGACCAGACUGGAGCUCAGGAGUCCCACAGAUUUCAAGAUGGAGGUUCUGAAGCUAGGAGUAAAUUACAUGUCCCAGUAAUGGUGGACGAAGUGGUUCGUUGUUUGGCACCACAAAAAGGGCAGAUUUUUCUAGAUAUGACGUUUGGUUCAGGAGGACACACAAGAGCCAUUCUGCAGAAAGAGUCAGAUAUUACUCUGUAUGCCUUAGACAGAGACCCGACAGCUUAUGCAAUAGCUGAACAACUUUCAGAAUUGUAUCCUAAACAGGUCCAAGCUCUUCUAGGCCAGUUCAGCCAGGCAGAAGCCUUAUUAAUGAAAGCUGGCGUGCAGCCAGGGACUUUGGAUGGAGUUCUUCUGGAUCUUGGAUGUUCCUCCAUGCAACUUGAUGCUCCUGAAAGAGGUUUUUCCCUUCGUAAGGAUGGCCCUUUGGACAUGAGAAUGGAUGGUAGCAGGUACCCUGACAUGCCCACCGCAGCUGAUGUUGUGAACGCUUUAGAUCAACAGGCACUUGCAUCCAUCCUGAGAACAUACGGGGAGGAGAAGCAUGCCAAGAAAAUCGCUUCAGCAAUCGUUCAGGCACGCAGCAUCUACCCCAUCACCAGAACCCAGCAGCUUGCCAGCAUCGUUGCAGGUGCAUUUCCUCCCUCUGCUAUUUAUGCACGAAAAGACUUGCUGCAGCGAUCUACCCAUAUUGCUACCAAGACUUUCCAAGCGUUUCGCAUAUUUGUGAACAACGAACUUAAUGAACUUUAUGCAGGACUGCAGACAGCCCAGAAGUUCCUGAGACCUGGUGGUCGUCUUGUUGCCCUCUCCUUCCAUUCACUAGAGGAUCGCAUUGUCAAACGGUUCUUGCUUGGGAUAAGCAUGGCGGAAAGAUUUAACCUAAGUGUAAGGCAGAAGGUGACACAAACAUCACAACUGGGUUCAGGUCACGAUAACAGGGAAGGAGUCUCUCCAAGAAGGGCUCCUUUAAUGUGGGAGUUGAUACACAAGAAGGUACUUACCCCAGAAGACCAGGAUAUACAGGAUAACCCCAGAGGGCGCUCAGCCAAACUUAGAGCAGCUAUCAAAUUAUGACAAAGUCAUAAUCGUCUGAUCCUUCAUGUUUUCCCUCACAGUUUCUCAUAAUGUUAUGUAAAAUUCCUGAACAGCUUAACACAAGAAAAUAUAGGAUAGUAUAUAGAUACGUACUACAUAUCUGUGGAGAUGGAGAAUAUUUAGCAUUUUUUUUUCUCAAAAGGAAAAUGUAGUAAAUAUGACACAGAAAGUUCAUCUUAAGGAGAAGCAGCAUCUCAAAACUAGAUUAAUGGGUUUACCUUAGCAUUUUACAGGAAAAAUUUAUCUUAUCAAUUAUGAUUAGAAAGUCUAAAUUGGUGAAUCCAAGUGAAUAAAAUAUUAGAAUCACUAUGGACAAAAGAUGGAACAUAAAUACUUGAGUUUUCCUUAGACUUACUUUAUCUGCCUCUGUAAUACUGAACUUUAGUUUCAAAGCUAGUUUGCCACUUUUACUUUAUAGGCUUUAUUCAAAUCUAACAAUUCUUCAGUGAAAUCAAAAUUAGAAAAUAUUCUAAGGAACAAUGUGACAAAUUAGAAAUAAAUGAAUGCUCCUAGAUUAAUCCCCUGAAUCCUUCUUGAAGAAUUUUGUAAGUUUCUCUUUGCAUAAAGUCAUAUUUAUGAAUGAGAAAGAUUCCCAAAGGUAAAUUCCCAUUCAAGUAUCAGAUUAAAAAAAUAAAAGAUUGCACUCAUAUAUUCUA